AGAUUUGUACGCACACGUGUCAGCUGGAGGAGUCGAUAGAUCUAUGAAACCUCUGUGUGACCGAGUGUUACUGGCAUUUUCCGUCGACAAAGAAUCAGAGUGUCUCGCCGCGAAUUUUAUCGGCGAUAUCGUUGUCCCCGGCCAACUCAGUGAAUUUUUAUGAAAAAAGUCAUGGUGUUAGCCAGGCCAAGAAUGAAAUAUUGGAAAUGCACCCUAAUUUCUGAAAGUAAUGACUUUGGUACAGUAGCAUCCGUCAUCUUGUGCAAUGGUUAGAUGACUUGCAUAGCUUUGUAUCUCCAAAUUGAUAUCAUGGAAUUGAGGUUUAGAGUUUCCAUUGCAUGAUACAGAAGCUCUAGCAGAGGCAAUCAUUUAUUGAUAGCCAUAAAGUUGCUUAAUUUCUCCAUGAAAGGAAAAAGUUGUUCAGUCCAUUUGAUCAAAUAAACUGACUUCAAAGUUUGUGAUUGGCUGCUUAUCUCAUCAUAAAACUACUGGUCUUUGGAAAGAUGGAAGAAGUUUGUCUCAACAGUGAGCCCGUAUUUGAUGAAGGUGAUGAGUAUGAGAUUGAGGGAGACAGCAUCACGGUGGAACAUUAUGAUGAAACUAGCGAAACACAGUCUAAGAAGGAACCCCCACUACCUACCGUGGGUUUGGAGUUUGAUUCUUUUGAUGAAGCUUAUGAUUUUUAUAAUCUUUAUGCUAAGGAGCAGGGUUUUGGCAUUCGAGUAAGCAAUUCGUGGUUUAGAUCAAAGAGAAAAGAACGAUAUAGAGCAAAACUUAGCUGCAGCAGUGCUGGUUUCAAGAAAAAGAGCGAAGCAAACCAUCCAAGACCAGAAACAAGAACUGGCUGUCCUGCAAUGAUAGUCAUUAGACUGGUGGACUCUAAAAGAUGGAGAAUAGUUGAAGUUGAGCUUGAACACAACCAUCAGGUGAGUCCACAAAUCAAGCGAUUUUAUAAGUCACAUAAGAAAAUGAUUCUUGCAGCCAAAAAAGCACAGCCCCCAUCAGAGCCUGUCACAGAAGUACAUACUAUUAAGUUGUAUCGAACAGCUGUUGUGGAUUCCGGGUGCAAUGGGUACACAAAUGUUAAUGAGGGAGAGAGUUUGAAUCCUGUUGAUCACUCUAAGCAUUUGGAUCUUAAAGAAGGGGAUGCACAUGCAGUUUACAACUACUUCUGUCGAAUGAAGUUGACAAACCCAAACUUCUUUUACUUGAUGGAUCUUGAUGAUGAAGGGCGGUUGAGGAAUGUAUUUUGGGCAGAUGCCAGGUCCAGGGCUGCAUAUGGUUACUUUUGUGACACAGUUGCAAUUGACACAAGCUGCUUGGCAAACAAAUUUGAGAUCCCUCUGAUUUCAUUUGUUGGAAUGAACCACCAUGGGCAAUCUGUACUGUUGGGCUGUGGCUUCCUUGGACAUGAGUCGGUGGAGUACUUUGUGUGGAUUUUUCGGGCAUGGCUUACAUGCAUGCUAGGCCGCCCUCCCCAAGUUAUUAUUACUGACCAGUGUAAACCAUUGCAAAAUGCCAUUUCUGAGGUCUUUCCAGGAGCUCGACAUUGUUAUUGUUUGUGGUAUAUCAUGCAACGAGUUCCAGAGAAGUUAGGAGGACUGAAGGGAUUUGAAACAAUUAAAAGGCAAAUGAAUAAAGCAGUUUAUGAAUCCUUAAAGAUAGCCGAGUUUGAAACUUCUUGGGCUGAUAUGAUCAAACGGCACAACCUUGGGGAUAAUAAAUGGCUUCAGACAUUGUAUGAAGAUCGGCAACGAUGGGUUCCAGUUUACUUGAAAGACACAUUUUUUGCAGGAAUGAUUCCUGUCCAAGAAAACGAUGGCUUGAAUGCAUUUUUUGAUGGUUAUAUACAUAAACAUACAUCCUUUAAGGAAUUUGUUGAUAAGUAUGAUUUAGCUCUACAUAGGAAGCACCUGAAAGAAGCCAUGGCAGAUCUAGAAUCAAGAACUUCAAGUUUUGAGCUGAAAACAAAAUGUAAUUUCGAGGUGCAGCUUUCCAAGAUGUACACAAAGGCGAUAUUUAUGAAGCUCCAAUCAGAGGUUGAGGGAAUGUACUCUUGCUUCAACACAAAGCAGGUGAGCGUUAAUGGACCGAUAAUAACAUACAUGGUCAAGGAAAGAGUUGAAGUUGAAGGAAAGGAGAAAGUGGUUAGGUAUUACGAGGUUUUGUAUGAGACAACACAGGUAGACAUCCGAUGCAUUUGCAGUUUGUUCAACUUUAAAGGAUAUUUGUGCAGGCAUGCAUUAACUGUCCUAAAUUAUAAUGGUGUGGAAGAAAUCCCGAGUCGUUACAUUUUGCCUCGAUGGAGUAAGGACUUCAAGUGCAGGUAUGUUGUAGAUCAUGGCUCUGGUGAUAUUGAUGUGUAUAACCCAGUGCAUUGGCAAAAUAAUCUAUAUAAACGUGCCAUUCCCCUUGUGGAAGAAGGGGCACUGUCUCAACAACAUUAUAAAGUAGUAUUGGAUGAAUUGCAAGGGUUGUUGAACAAGUUCAGUGUUUUAGAGGAAAUGUGACAUAAGAACAUAAAAUGUGCAUGGACUACUAAUGUAGUUAUUAGCAUGAAAUAUAUAAAUAUUUGUUAAAUCAA